AUGCAACAUUCGAAAAUUCUAUAUGAGAAAGGAAUUUUACAUAACAAGAAAAUGCUGACCCAAUCCCAAUAUUCCAGUUUUAAAUUUGUGGCCCGGCUUGAUCAAAUAAAAACCUUUACAGCUGGCAUUAAGGCAUUGCUUUUUGGUGAACAUGGCGCCUUUAUGAUCAAUGAGGAUGGCUUCACUUGCACUGUGGAACAGGGUAAAUGUAUACAAGCCUCGCUGUUUAUGAUGCCCGCUUGUUUCUCGGAGUUCCAUGUUGAUGGUGUGGUACAUUUCAAUGUCAACAUGAAUGUCCUCAACGAAUGUUUAAGCAUUUUUGCUGGCAUUGAUUGCACAAUGAAAAUGUUCUACAAAGGGCCGGAAGCUCCACUAGUAUUGGUUUUGGAACCCAACGAUGAAAUUGAUAUUAGUACAGAGUGUUCAAUUAAAACCACCGCACAAGAAGAACCAAUGGAAUACUCGUUGGAUGAUAAUAGUUCCAGUUUAAAUGUCAUUUUCAUACGCGGCCCUGAUUUGUCCAAUAUUUUCCAAGAAUUUGAUAAAUCUACUGAAGAAUUGGAAAUAACCAUAUCACCGCGUAGACCACAUUUUAAAAUUGACACGCUCGGAGUUAUGCAGUCCGAAUCGAGUAUUGAAGUUGCAAAAUCUAGCGAUAUGAUCCUAAUGUUUAAUUGCCGUGAAACAACAAAGGCUCGCUAUAAAUCAUCACUGGUUCGGAUGACACAAAAAGCCUUAUCUGUGGCAAGCAAAGUAGCCAUAAAGACUGAUUUAAGUGGCCUCAUGGAAAUGCAUUUUAUGCUGCAAGAUGAUAGUCAGGCUGAAGUUUAUAUACAAUUUUUUAUAACACCAUUAGCCGAUAUGGAUUAA